AUGGUUGCACCCCACCAGUACCAUCAGCCGAAUGCGCCAGAUGAGGAUUCGGACCUGGAACUCGACCUAGAGGAGCUGGACCCUCUGGCCUCGCACUCGCAGUCGGCCGCUACACCACCACGCCGUCAGUCAAGGGAGCAAAGAAGACCAUACCAUGAAUUAGGCGCGAGGAUACCGCUGAGGAACCUCAGGGUAGGCCGGUUGCGCGCAAGCAAGAAAAGGGAAGAGCCGGAAGAGGAUGACCUAAGAGGGCUGUUGGACGACGAGGAAGGGUCCAAAAGGGACUCUGCUGGCAGUUAUGGCCAGUCUGGGGAUGACGAUUCGCCCUUGCUGCCUGCACAAGACACAGUACGGAGAAGACGGCAACCACCACCGAGCGCCCUAUCCCGCCUAGGCUCGACUAUGCGCCUGCCCAGCUUCCUUUCACGACAGAACAAUGCCCCCAUACAGUUAGGCGACGACGCUGGAGAGUCGGAUGCCGAAGAAGAGCAUGAUCCAACCACGCAGCGCACCAUCUCCGUUGGCCAGCUUCAAACCUCCAGAUUCCCCGCCAAUGCUGUAUCCAAUGCCAAAUAUACCCCAUGGAGUUUCCUACCACGCACUCUAUACAAUGAAUUCUCCUUUUUCAUCAACAUGUACUUUCUGCUCGUCGCUCUCUCGCAAAUCAUACCUGUCCUACGGAUUGGCUAUCUAUCCACCUACAUCUUCCCACUGGCUUUUGUCAUAUCCAUAACUCUGGGUAAAGAGGCAAUGGACGAUAUCGCGCGACGGCGGCGAGACGCAGAAGCAAACUCGGAAGGUUACACCGUCUUGAAGUUUGAGGAGAACAGCCUCGGCAACGGCGUCGCGCCGGGAAAGAACUCGCAGAAGAAGAGGCGCUUGAGGAAGCAGCCCAAGGACGUAGGUCGGUCGGCGGACAUGGACGACGAGGAGCAGCGACUUUCAGGCAAGGGCUUGGCCACAUGCACCUACUGGGAAGUUGUAAAACCCUCUCGGAGCCUCAAGGUUGGAGACGUUGUCAAGCUUGGCAAGGACCAACGAGUACCUGCCGACAUGGUGCUUCUCAAAAGCUACUCCAGCGAAAAUGCAGUACCCGUUGAGAAUGAACAUAAAGCGCAGAGUUCGUCAUCCGCAUUCAUUGACGACUCAGAUGCCGAAGACACAGCCAAGGUCGACAGUGCCAUAGCUACUGGAACCUCGGGCGAAGCCUUCAUCCGAACCGAUCAGCUAGACGGAGAAACCGAUUGGAAGCUGCGCCUGACUUCACCACUUACGCAAAAUUUAGAUGUUGGUGAAUACACACGGCUCCGCGUCGUUGCUGGCAAACCGGACAAGAAGGUCAAUGAAUUCUACGGAACCGUUGAACUGCCACCUAAGACCCAGCGCCAGUAUGACCCUCAUGAGCAUCAAGGGACGGCCUCUCCUGAAGACGUACAGUCAGCAUCCUUGAGCAUCGACAACACUAUCUGGGCAAACACUGUUGUUGCCUCAAGCUGCAGUUUACUGGCUGUGGUUGUAUACACCGGCCCACAAACUCGUCAAGCGCUCUCGACAUCGCCAUCAAGAUCCAAGACCGGUCUACUGGAACUGGAGAUCAAUGCCUUGACCAAAUGGCUCUGCAUUUUCACGCUGUCACUCUCGUUCAUCCUAGUGGCCCUUGCACGCUUCCAGGUCAUCGAAGGCCGGCAGUGGUGGGCUUCCAUGCUGCGUUUCCUCAUCUUGUUCUCUACCAUUGUCCCAGUAGGUCUGCGUGUCAAUCUCGAUAUGGGCAAGUCAGUCUACGCCUGGUUCAUCCAUCAUGAUGAGAGCAUCAAAGGCACUAUCGUUCGGACUAGCACAAUUCCAGAAGACCUGGGCCGUAUUGAGUACCUGUUGAGUGAUAAAACGGGUACUCUGACCCAAAAUGAGAUGGUCAUGAAGAAGAUACAUGUCGGCACGGUCUCGUACGCAAACGAAGCCAUGGACGAAGUAUCAUCGUACGUUCAUCAAUGCUUUACACCGCCCGCCGGAGAAGCUCCAUCGCUUGUCACGCCAUCUUCCACAUAUACCGCUCCCCUAACUUCAGCUACUCGUACACGCCGAGAGAUUGGAUCUCGGGUCCGCGAUGUUGUGCUGGCUCUAGCCCUCUGCCAUAAUGUAACGCCGACUACUGAGGAAGAGAACGGAGAGACAGUGACCACGUAUCAAGCCUCUUCCCCUGAUGAGAUUGCCAUCGUCAGGUGGACUGAAGCUGUUGGCUUGAAGCUACUGUCCCGCGACCGCGAAUCUAUGACUCUUUUAUCGUGCGACAGCGGCAAUACCGUGGUCAAGGUGCGCAUCUUGAACGUCUUUCCGUUCACGUCAGAAGGCAAACGCAUGGGCAUCGUUGUGAAGUUCUAUCAUGGUCCAGCAUCGUCACCCACUGAUGAUGGUGGUGAGAUCUGGUUCUACCAAAAAGGAGCCGAUACAGUCAUGACAUCCAUCGUUGCCGCCAACGAUUGGCUAGACGAAGAAACAGCAAACAUGGCACGCGAAGGUCUCCGAACAUUAGUCGUUGGUCGCAAAAAGCUCUCUGCGCAAAUCUACCAAGACUUCUCUACCAAGCAUGCUCAAGCUUCCCUUGCCCUUAACAACCGCGAUGCCGCCGUCGCCAAUGUAGUAAAAGAGUAUUUGGAGAACGACCUGGAACUUCUCGGCGUCACUGGUGUCGAAGACAAGCUUCAGAAAGACGUCAAGCCCUCCCUCGAACUCCUCCGCAACGCAGGCAUCAAGAUCUGGAUGUUAACAGGCGACAAAGUAGAGACCGCUCGCUGCGUAGCCGUCUCAUCCAAACUCGUAGCCCGUGGCCAAUACGUCCACACAAUCGCCAAGCUCAAACGUAAAGACCUCGCCUCCGGGAACCUCGAUUUCCUUCGGGGAAAAUUAGAUGCCUGCCUCCUCAUCGAUGGGGAAUCCCUCGCCCUGUUCCUCCAACACUUCCGCCAGGAAUUCAUCUCCGUAGCUGUCCAACUCCCCACCGUCGUAGCUUGCCGUUGCUCCCCCACGCAAAAAGCAGACGUCGCCCGCCUAAUCCGCGAAUUCACAAAGAAGCGCGUAUGUUGCAUCGGUGACGGCGGCAACGACGUCUCCAUGAUCCAAGCCGCGGACGUCGGCGUCGGUAUCGUCGGAAAAGAAGGUCGUCAAGCCUCCCUCGCAGCUGACUUCUCCAUUGAGCAAUUCUGUUACCUCGUCAAACUACUCGUCUGGCACGGUCGAAACUCGUACAAGCGCUCUGCUAAACUGAGUCAGUUCGUUAUUCAUCGCGGUCUCAUUAUCAGUAUUUGCCAGACCGUCUUUUCCGUCGCGAGUGAAUUCAAACCCGACGCUCUGUACAAGGACUGGUUGCUCGUCGGCUACAGCACUAUUUACACCAUGAUGCCCGUCUUCUCCCUUGUCUUGGAUCGCGAUGUGGAUGAGAGUGUGGCGAACCUUUACCCGGAACUCUACGCCGAACUCAAGACUGGGCGGUCGCUGAGCUACAAGUCUUUCUUCAUCUGGGUCGCCGUGUCCAUCUACCAAGGCUCCAUCAUUCAGGGCUUGUCGCAACUCCUCAUCGGCGCCGGUAAAUCUACAGCACCCCCCGCAGCACCCGAUCCCACUUUCCUCAAAAUGGUUAGUGUCAGUUUCUCGGUGCUGAUUGUCAAUGAACUGGUCAUGGUGGCUAUGGAGGUUACGACUUGGCAUUGGCUUAUGAUUGCUAGUAUCGUGGGUACGGCGGCCAUCUACUUUGGCUCUGUGCCCUUUUUGACAGGGUAUUUUGAUCUUGCCUUCGUGGGUAGUUUGGCGUUUUGGUGGAAGUUUGCGGUUAUUGCGGCGAUUAGUCUUGUACCACCUUAUGCGGUUAAGUUGUUGGGACGGACACUUAAGCCGCCGAGUUAUCGCAAGGUGCAGGGUGUGUAG